UUGGGAAGUGUUCUUGUUUAUUUCACCCAUGCUGAAAAAAAUGGGGUUCAAGUGAUUGGGCACUUGAAAAAGGGGAUAAAUCCACCAUCGUAUUCUGAACUGGCAUUUAGCUCGCAGUAUCUUACAACUGCCAUUAAGACUGGUAUCGUCACUGGUGUCAUCGCCAUGGCUGAAGGAAUAGCAGUUGGAAGGAGUUUCGCCAUAGUGGAGAACUAUCACAUUGAUGGAAACAAAGAAAUGAUUGCCUUUGGGAUGAUGAACAUUGCUGGUUCUUGCACCUCUUGCUACUUAACCACAGGACCAUUUUCACGUACGGCAGUGAAUUUCAAUGCAGGAUGCAAGACAGCAGCGUCCAACAUAGUAAUGGCAACAGCAGUGAUGAUAACAUUGUUGUUGCUAACACCAUUGUUCCAUUACACACCCCUUGUUGUGCUUUCCUCCAUUAUAAUUUCAGCCAUGCUAGGCAUCAUUGACUACAAUGCUGCUAUCCACCUUUGGAAAGUUGACAAAUACGAUUUCCUCGUUUGCAUUUGUUCCUUCAUUGGAGUGGUCUUUAGUAGCGUUGAAGUUGGCCUAAUAGUCGCGGUGGCAAUGUCUUUACUUAGGAUACUUCUCUUUGUAGCAAGACCAAAGACAUUUGUCUUAGGUAAAAUACCUAACUCCAUGACCUACAGAAACACUGAACAAUAUUCAGCAGCAAGCAGAGUUCCUGGAGUUCUCAUCAUACACAUUGAUGCCCCAAUCUAUUUUGCAAAUGCAAGUUAUUUGAGGGAAAGGAUUUCAAGAUGGAUAGAAGAAGAAGAAGAAGAAGAAGAAGAAGAGAAGCAAAGGACUUCAACUGAGAUUGAGCUGCAAUAUGUCAUAUUGGAUAUGAGUGCUGUCGGAAACAUUGAUACAAGUGGAAUUAGUAUGCUUGAGGAAGUGAAGAGAAAUGCAGAUAGACGAUGCCUAAAGCUUGUAUUGGCAAACCCUGGAGGGGAGGUGAUGAAGAAGCUGGAUAAGUCAAAUUUCAUCGACAAAAUUGGGAAGGAAUGGAUCUAUUUAACAGUUGGGGAGGCUGUUAAUGCAUGCAAUUAUAUUCUUCACACUUGCAAGUUUCAAUCCGAGAGAAUUGAAUCUUCAACAAUCCCAGACGAUAACGUAUGAUCAUAACUCAGAUCAAUGAUCCAAUUAAAAUAAUCAAAAUGUAUUAGUAUUCCUUUUCUCUCUACAGUUUCACCAAGUGAAACAUCUUAGAGCUAGUUUCUUACCCUUUUACAAUUUUGUCAAAUUCAUAUCUGUGCUAAGGUAUUGAAAAUUGCUAUAA